AUGGGUGUUCCCUCUCUGUUCAGAUGGCUUCAGCUUUCACAUAGAGAAUCCAUUCACAACAUAUCAGAAAAGCCUUCUGUCGAUUGCCUGUACCUCGAUUUCAAUGCAAUAAUACAUACAUGCAUCAAGCCAGGAAUAGGAUCGUAUGAUGAAAUAGAAAAGGAUCUGCAUAGCACUGUUGGUGACUUUAUUGACCACAUGCUGAAUAAGGUGAGACCAAAGAAGUUGUUGUACAUAGCAAUAGAUGGUGUUGCACCAAGAGCCAAACUGUCUCAUCAACGAGCUCGCAGGUAUAAGUCUGCACUUGGAAAAAAAGAUGGAGGAGUUAUAAUACCAGCAAUCAAAGCAAACUUGAUUCCAACAGCAAUGCAAAAAGUCAAGAAGGGAGAUAUUGCAGACGAAGAGUUUACUGGCGAAAGCUCGUUGUAUGACAAGUUUGUUGCAGAGGAGCUUUCUGACGAGUCAUCUGAGACUGGAAUAUUUGAUCUUAACUGCAUUACACCGGGAACAGAGUUUAUGGAGCGACUGCAUGCAGUUUUAAUCUCAUACAUCCAGCACAAGCUAAGCAAUGACAUUGAGUGGUUAAACAUUAACAUUAUAUACUCAAGUUACCUAGUUCCUGGAGAAGGAGAACAAAAGAUAAUGAAUUUCAUAAGAGCCCAGGAUGUAGACUCUAAGAAAGAUGUGCAUAUGAUAUACUCUCCAGAUGGUGACUUGAUUUUCCUCGGAUUGUCACUUUAUCACAACAAAGUACUUAUUAUGAGAGAUCACUUCAGCCCAAAUAAGGAGCGAAGCAAAAGAAUGUGUAGUAGAUGUGGUAGAACUGGGCACAACGAUGAUGAGUGUGGAGUGUUCACAAACUACAACUUUGUGUAUGUAAACAUACUUGAGCUCAGGAUCAGAAUAAUCAAAGAAUUCAAAAGACAGAUAAGCCAUCGGUUUGAUGAAGAAAGUAUGCUGAACGACUGGAUAUUCUUGUGCUUCCUACUUGGAAAUGAUUUUGUACCGUCUCUUCCGUGCCUUGAGAUCCGAUUCCAUUCAAUAGAAACACUUUCUGAAGUCCUUGUCAAAAACUUUGCAGAGACAAAAGCAUACAUAACUAGCAAUGGGCCUAUCAACUAUCCAAUUCUCAGGAAUUUCUACCGCAUCCUUUCUAAGAGAGAAGAUGAUCUUUACUAUCGAAAAUCUCAGUCACUCGAUAGGUUCCGUGAGGAAAUAAAAAUAGUACCGGAUGUUCCAUAUGAAAAGAUCCCAAUACACACAAAAGCUGGGAAGAUUCAAUACUACUCAUCAAAGCUGAAUGCACAUACUGAAGCAGAUAUACGGAAUGCGUGCUAUGAAUAUAUCAAGGGACUUACCUGGAUAUACUCGUACUACAUCUUUGGAUACACAGGAUGGGAUUGGUAUUAUCCAUAUCACUUUGCACCUCUUGCAACAGAUCUAGCAAAGGUAUUUGUUGAAGACAUCAGCAUUCCUCCAGGCAUUCCUCUCAGGCCCAUUGAGCAGUUAUUGGUUGUUUUGCCUCCAAUGAGCAAAGACAUGGUUCCUAACAGCCUGCAGUUUGUAUAUGAAAAGUACAAAGAACAUUAUCCAAAGGAUGUCAAGACAGACAUGUUCGAUAAGGUCCAUGCGUGGCAGGAGAUUGUGGUGUUGCCAUUCGUAGACUUUGGGAGCAUUCUUUCAGAAAAUUCAUUGGUAUUCAAUACACUUCCAUAUGAAGAUCUGUCUAGAAAUAUUAGAGGAACUGAUCUGAUUUUUUUGAAGGAAGCAAAGGCUGUUGAUACAAUUAUGGGCAUGUAUAUGGGACUAAAGCCGAGCUGCUUUAUAAAGAGUCGUGGAUACUCAGGCACAGUCACUCCAUAUGCAUUCGCAAGCUUCCCUGGCGAUCAUCUACAAUACAAUGGAAAUUCUUUUGUUAAUAAGGUUGUUGUAAGCUCAAUUGAGACAAAUCAUUCGAAAUCUAGGAAUUAA